AAUUUGAAGAACAACAGAAACUGCGUUUGACCCCGCGCGAAUUCCAAUUCACUAAUCACGCUUUCUGCUCAUAGUUUCAUUUUUCAGAGUCAAAAAACUUGCAUGAUUACUGGUUAUUGUUCGUUGCUAUCCUUAUUAAAUUUCAAUGCAUUUUAUGUGCUUUCUGGGUCGUCAACGUACCUGUUCCUUUAUUAUUUUUUCUAGUCAUUCUGGCUCACGUCACCCCAUGGUCCCAUAGUGCAAAAGAUACCUUCUAGCUUGAUUCAAACGGCUACACAUCAUCAUGCUCAAUACCUCACCUCGAACUGUUGUGCGUGUAGGGUCGAGGCGCAGUGAUUUAGCACUUCUUCAAACUGCAAUUGCAGUCGAUUUACUCAAAGAACAAAAUCCACAUAUUUUUUUCGAAGUUGUAAAGAUGUCAACUGUCGGAGACAAAAUUCUCAAUGUUUCGCUGUCAAAGAUAGGCGACAAAAGUUUGUUUACAAAGGAGCUUGAAAAUGCCUUGCUGGCUGAAGAAGUUGAUUUUGUCGUACACUCACUUAAAGAUGUUCCAUCAGUCCUUCCUACUGGUUUGGUCCUUGGAUGUGUGUUUGCCAGGGCAUCUCCAGAAGAUGUCGUUUUAAUGGCUCCACAUAAUCGUGGAAUGAAGUUAUCUGAUCUCCCCACAGGAUCAACAGUUGGGACGAGUGCCGUCCGGCGCGUGGCUACACUUGCACGCAAAUAUCCUCACCUAAAGUUUGUAUCUAUACGUGGAAAUCUAAAUACAAGGCUUGCCAAACUAGAUGCUCCUUUGUCUUCACAAGAUGAUUGCUGCGCGGGCAGUCUAUCUGCAAGUUAUGAUGCUAUCAUCUUGGCCAAGGCGGGAGUUGAGAGAAUGGGUUGGUCCGACCGCAUUGACGAGGUUUUAACGGACACUUUUUAUGCUGUCAGUCAAGGUGCACUGGUUUGUGAAUGUCGUCAGAGUGACUCUUUUAUUACGAAUUUGUUAUCACGUAUUCAUGACGAGUCAGCUGCCUUAACAGCUGUUGCUGAGCGUAGUUUAAUGCAUCAACUUGGAGGCGGUUGUUCUAUUCCAAUUGGUGUACGCAGUAUUCUUGUUUCAGAAAAAGACGUAAAAUAUGCUAAACUUACUCUUCAUGCGAAUAUACUAAGUGUUGACGGUAAGAAGUGUGUGGAGAGAUCUGCUUUUGUUAUUUUCCCAGAUAAAAUGCCUGACAAUGAUUGCAUGGAGUUGAGUUGUAAAUUACUGCAAAAGUCAAGUAGUUAUGACGAUGUUAGUAAAAAUACGCCACUAGUCGAGGAUAGGGAUUUACUGUCCUCUCCGACUAAAG